ACCAUUAUUAUAAACGGACAGGCACCGAGACGUUGAGUAUUAGGUGUACACGUGUUUCUUUUUUUCCUAAAACCUUUAAUUAUAUAAAAUAAUUCAAAAAAUAAAUAUAAAAGUUAUAUUAACUACAACAUUUACCUACAAUCCAGAGGGAUAUGAGGGAUAGUCUCACUCUGUGAGUGAUCAGGAGUGCGACAGUGACUAGGAUGGCCGCUUUCAUUGAGCAGAAAGGCAGUCACUGGGAUCUAACUAAAAGCCAAUUUUCAGAUGACGAGCUCAGCGAUCUGCCGUUCAUGAGCUCUCCUGUACCCAUCCUGGCUCUGCUUCUUGCGUACCUCCUGUUUGUUCUUGUCAUUGGACCUAAACUUAUGGAGAAGAGAAGGGCGUUUGAGCUGAACAGUGUUUUAAUUAUCUACAAUGUGUUUCAAGUUAUUGUAGCGGCGUAUUUGGUUUAUAGGUAUUUGUCAACUUUGUUCGAGAAAGGAUUUGUGCAUUCAAAAUGUUACAUGACGGAUAAAACCAUGCGUAGAGAGAUCAUCAUCGACAUAUGGCUGUAUUUAGCCACAAAGGUCACAGAGCUCAUGGACACAGUGUUUUUUGUUCUACGGAAAAAGAACAAACAAAUCACGUUCCUACACUUGUAUCAUCACUCAGCAAUGGUUUUCACAACUUGGGCGUUUCUGAAAUACGCGCCUUCUGACAACGUCAUCUAUAUCGGCUUCUCCAAUUCUCUGGUGCAUGUGUUCAUGUAUACUUACUAUGCGCUUUCAGCCGUUGGGCCUGAGGCUGUCAAGUAUUUGUUCUGGAAGAAAUAUAUGACCAGCCUUCAAAUGAUCCAAUUUGUGUCCAUGUUUGUGCACUACCUGAUCUCCCUGAUGUACUCCGAGUGUCCCCCAUCAAAGGGAGUCGCCGUGUUCUUCGUUCUGCACAUUCUGUUCUUCCUGUACCUCUUCGCUAACUUCUACAGCCAAAGUUACAAUAAGAACAAAAAAGUCAGUUUCAACAUCUGCAUGGUAGAUCAGAAAUGUAAAUAUGGGCACAUGGCCACUGCAUUUGGAAUCAAGAACCCAUCUUGGGAUCUAACUAAAAGCCGACAUGAAGAGACCGAUGUAUACCCAUUAAUGGGCUCACCAGGACCAGUGAUGAUGAUCAUAGCCCUAUAUUUGCUGUUUGUGUUAAAAGUGGGACCAUCAUUUAUGAGGAAACGAGAAGCAUUCAGAUUGAAAUAUACGUUGAUUAUAUACAACGCAGUCCAAGUGGCAAUCUCAGUAUACCUUGCGCAAAAAUACCUCCGAGCACUAAUGCAAUACGGUCUAUUCCCUGAAACUUGCCUGUUAGAUAGAGAGGACACCCGGCAUAUGUUGAUAGAAGGAAUCUGGCUGUACUUCGCCGCAAAAGUGACAGAACUCCUGGACACAGUGUUCUUUGUGCUUCGGAAGAAAGACAACCAAGUGUCGUUCUUGCACCUUUACCACCACUCCAUCAUGAUGACGGGAACUUGGGCGUUCCUCAAGUACGCUCCUUCCGACAAUGUCAUUUUUAUCGGAUUCUUCAACUCUCUCGUCCACGUCUUCAUGUAUACCUACUACGGGCUGGCCGCGCUAGGACCACACGUGGCCAAAUAUUUGACGUGGAAGAAAUACAUGACAUCAUUCCAAUUGCUUCAGUUUGUCUCCGUGUUCUUCCAAUACCUGGCGUCACUGAAGUUCUCGGAAUGUCCGCCGUCAAAGGGAGUCGCCAUCUUCUUCACGUUCCAAAUCAUAUUCUUCCUGGUUCUGUUCAGUAAUUUCUACAAGCAAAGUUACACUCAGAAACAAUCUAAAUUGGCAAACGGUGGGUCAAAACUGUUGUCCAAUGGUAAAACAAAAGAAGAGAAGGCAUUAUAAAUGUAGGUAGACGCUGAUGUAAAUAUAGGUAGGUAAAUAUUUAGGUACACAAUUCGGGAAGAUUAUGUGGAUAGAUACUUAAUAAAACCUAUUUCACGAUGCCAAUAGGAUAAAAUAAAUUCAUUCUGUCAUUAUCUAAAACUUAAUUUAUAGAUCAUGGACAGCAUGAAUUUUAUCUCACUGAUAACUUUUAUCCACAAAAUGAAAUUGUGAGACGGCCGUUAUUUAUGAUUUGUUAAAUCAAAAUAAUUUGAGUGAUUUUUGAGAUUGAAGUGAGAGAGAAAUAAUUGAGUUCAUAUAUCAUAAUGAAUUUUAUGGUCAAAAUAAUAGGUAAGCUUACUACGUUUUAUAGUAACAGUUAUCUUUACAAAAUAGCAUAACCUGAGUUUAAGCUUUCUGGUAUUAUAGUGUGUCUAUUGUUCAAUGAAUGUAGAUUCUAGUUCUAUCAAAUACAACACAAGUCAUAUAUUUUUGUAGGUAAGUAAUACAACCUUUGAAAUAUUCUAGAAUGUAUUUAAAUUAUUUUAGAUUUUAUGUAAAGGGAUCCUUACAUUUUUUAUCAAGACUUUAAUGCAGGUAAGUUAAAAUAUUGUGUAUUUUUCUAAUAGAAAAGACAACCCCCAUACAAAUAUUUACAGUUCUGUCCAGCUGUUUAUGUCUCAUGUAAUAAGAUGUAUAUUUGAUCUUUCCAUUAAUUACGAAGAACAACCAAAUUAUGGAUACCUAGUUAUAAUGCUGUAUAUGUGUUGGUAAAUUUAAGUAUGUACGUUUUUCUCCCGUAGAAGUAGAUCAUGAUGGUUAAAUGGCUGAAAGUUUGUACAAAUUCUAUUAUGGUUUAAGUUUUUUUUUAUAACUUGCAAUAUAAUAUUAUUUGAUAAAUAUUA